CAAACCUUUGAUACUUUUUAUUCCACAAACAAAGAAUGAAUUCUCAGACUAAAGUCAGACCUAUAAUAAAUCUGUCUCGUCGUCUUAAUCCUCUCCUGUACUCCUGAGAGUGCCUCAAGUAUAAAUCUUCCUUUUUUCCUGCGGGCUGUGAAGCCAGCACGGCAGCUCAGCGUGGAGGGAGUCCUGAUCCAGGUCUCCUAUGAUCCGCUCCGGGUUUUCCCUCCUCCUAUUUUUAAAAACCACCUCUACUUUGGAGCAGUGAAAAACACACCAGCAUCAGGGGCAGCAGAUGACCCGGCGCAGCGGCCAGGAGCGCACCAGUCCUCCACCAGUCCUCUAACUAAAGCAAGGAUGGGGGGCAGCAACAGCAGCUAAACCCACCAGAACCGGAUCAGGGUCCCGAGGAGGGAGAAGAACCACCAUCUGCUAACUUUGGGUCACUUUUCUUGGAUUUAUCCCGGGUUUACUCCAACAUGCCUUUUGCCAAACGGCUCGUGGAACCUCAGUUGCUGUGCAGGUAUCAGACCCCGAACGAGGAGGGUCUGCUGUAUGAGGAUCUGGUCUCCGUCAGUAAUGUGGCUCUAUCCCGGACCCUGCGCCAGCUGUCGGACCUGGCCCGGCACGCCUGCUCCAUUUUCCAGGAGCUGGAGCACGAGCUCACGACCACCAACCAGCGGGUCCGGGGGCUGCAGGGCAAGAUCAGCGGGCUGCAGCAGACCUGCUCCGAGCUGGACCCCAAACAGGAGGCAGUGCCGGUGUCUAACCUGGAUGUGGAGAGUAAGCUGACAGCACAUUACCAAGCUCCGUGGCACCAGCAGAGGAACAUUUUCUACCCCUCCACCCGGCCAGUAUGUGUGGAAGAGCUCCACAGGCAAGCCAGCUUCAGCCUGUGGUCCCUGCACAGAGAUCAUCAGAGGAGAGGAUCACGCAGCAGGGAGCGGAGGGUCACCAUCUCCAUCCCAGCGUUGCCCCAAAUGCCCUUAUACCCCUCCCCCCACAUCACCCCCGACAAGAGAGGCAUCGAUCUGACGACUUUCGAAUCCACCCGCUCCUCCUCCCCCACCGAAUGUUGCCGCUUCUCUCCCUGGAGCAGAAAGGCUGCGCCCCCUGACCCCGACACUGACGGGGUGGCUCUAGGUCACCGGUCUAAGUUUCCCAUCCUUAACAUCCCCUCCACCCUGGACAAGCAGACUAACUGGUCUAAAGCUCUGCCGCUGCCCACCCCUGAGGAGAGAAUGAAAAGCAGCUCACAAGUCAUCAACUCAUGUGUCAUCCCCAUUAAUGUGACCGGAGUCGGCUUUGACAGAGAAGCUAGUGUGCGCUGCUCGCUCGUCCACUCGCAGUCCGUGCUGCAGAGGAGAAGGAAGCUGAGGAGACGGAGGACGGUUGCAGGAGUUCCCAGACAGGUGCAGCAAGAUUUAGACUCUGAUGACUCUCCUGGCUCCAGAGAGCGCACAGUGAUCGUCCACACUAGUCCCGACGUCACUCCUUCACACGACGAGCUGUCCAGCCAUCAGAGCACAAGAGACUCGGGCUGUCAGACUGAAGACUUUCUGAUCUCAGGAGCGCCGUCUCGCAGGAGGAUCCGGGCCCAGAGAGGACAGGGAGUCUCUCUGUCCCUGUCCCACUCUGCAGGGAACAUCACCUGUCUGCCGGACAGCGCUGAGGCCAUGUUCACCGCCUCUUUGGGCGCCCGCCUGCGCUCCAGGAGUCUACCUCGAGACGGGAACCGGGUGAUAGACAACGGGCAUCAGGACAGUGAGGAUGAGGGGGAGCUCUCUCCGUUUGAUGCUGAGGACUUCCUGCCAGGUCAUGGGGAGCUGAUCCUGAAAGAUGAAGAGGAGAGCACGGAUGACCAGACUAUGAGCGAACACACGCUGGCUCUGAAGUAUAAGCAGCUCUCAGAGAGUCCGGAGCGCAGCUGGAUGGAGAGGACCAGGUCCCAGCUGCCCAGGAAGACAGACAUGGGCAGCUGUGAGAUCUCAUCCAGCUCGGACACCUUCAGCAGCCCCGUGCACUCCGUCUCCGCCGCAGGAGUGAUGCUGGGAGGCCAGAUGGACCACAAAGAUGACCAUCAGUCCUCGAGUGGGAACUGGAGUGGGAGCAGUUCCACCUGCCCCUCACAGACCUCAGAAACCAUCCCCCCCGCCGCCUCCCCUCCUCUGACGGGCUCCUCACACUGUGACUCUGAGCUCUCGCUGAACGCCGCAAACCACAACCACGAAGACCACACCAGCUUUAUGCUGGACCACUACCCGGGCCUGCGGACCCAGAGGACCGGCUCCUUCUCCUCCACAGCUAUGGACAUUUUAGAGGAAGCAGGGGGGAGCACUCCCAUCGAAGGGGAGUGGAGUUACUCCCUCCCAGAGCCCCCGCAGGACUUCAGCCCUGAGCCCAACAGGGAGGCGGAGAGCAGCUUAGGGUGUCCGAGCUACACCAGCAUGGCCACCUGUGAGAGCAGCUACUCCGACAAGCCUCCGUCAGAGAAAGCAGACACGGUCUCUCACUACUCUGUGGACACUGAAGGCUACUACACAUCCAUGCACUUUGACUGCGGCCUAAAUGGCAGCAGAAGCUUCACUUACAACUAUGCAGCCCCGGGGUCCGACUGCAACCUGUCAGACAUGACUCUGAGCAGACGCUGCCUCUCUUUACGGAAACCAAAGUCGAAGCCGUGUCCGCCCAAGAGGAGCUCAUCCUUAAGAAAAUUAUGCAGUGAGGGGAACGUCCCUGACCGAAAAGAACCAAAGAUUUCAUGUGGGCAGCAGCUGCCUCUGUCCUCCAGGGAGAGGAACCUGCAGCUGCUUCUGUCCGCCUCUCCAGGUCGCCUGGAAAACUCCUCACUUGUCAAGGAGCCCCUCGUGGUCUGGGGUGUCGAGGACUCAGCUGAUCUGCCAGACUUAGGCGUGUUCAGCUCCACAGAUGCACAUUCAUUUAAAGAUGACGGGAUCGUACAGUCAGACUAUGCAGAUCUGUGGCUCCUGAAUGAUCUCAAAUCCAGCGAUCCGUACAGAUCUUUGUCCAACUCCAGCACGGCGACAGGUACUACGGUCAUAGAGUGCAUCAAAUCACAGGAGAGCUCUGAAUCCCAGACCUCCCAGUCCGGCUCCAGAGCCACCACCCCGUCUCUCCCAUCAGUGGAGAGCGACUACAAGCUGACGUCUCCAGAGAAGCUGGCAGGCCUGGCCAGUCCCUCCAGUGGAUACUCCAGCCAGUCAGAAACCCCAACCUCGUCCUUCCCCUCCGCCUUCUUCCCUGGACCGGUCUCCCCGGCCUUUGGAAAGAGGAAGCCCAAAGUCCCGGAGAGGAAGUCAUCGCUCUCCACGCUGUCUCUGCAAUCAGCGUCCUCAAAGAAAGACCUGGAGCUGCCCAUCAUCCCUCCCUCACACCUCGACCUAAGUGCCCUUCCUAAUGACGCUCACAUGAAGCCGCUCCACAUCCUUCACCAGAGCAAACAAAGAUCCUCUCUGCCAGAGAAACCGGUACCACCGCAGAGCUCUGAGGUUUUGAACGCCCACCCCAUGUCCAUCACACCCUCCGUGCUGAACUCCGUACACCUCCGGUCCAUCAGCAGGGAACAUGAAGGAAUACACGAGGACCAAAGCAGGCUGAAGUGUCCUACUGUGAACUCAACAAACUCCCUUUCUUGUAGCAGAUCAACAGAGCUGAAGAGUCCUCUGCUAAACCACCGACAUCACACACCACCGAAGGGCUUGUGGGAAUCUGUGUUUACCUCAAAUGAAGGGCUUCAAAAUGGAGACGCAGCGUGUCAGAGCGAGACGAGGGUGGAUUACAAGGCUUCUUUAGAAAGUCAGACGGCGUUCAGACUGCAGGCCGAGCCUCCGGCGGACGCCUCAGAGAGAACGAACGGUCAUGAAGGAGAGACGUGCAGAGAGACGGCAGAAAUGCAGGUUUGCAGUUUUCAACCUGAGAUGAGAACCAAGGAAGAAGAAGAAGAAGAGGAGUGUAAGGUGGAUCCAGAUCCUGCUCUCUCUGUGCAGAACGGCUCAACCAACAGUCUGGAUAAAGUGCUCGAGAGUGACGGACAAUCAGAGACGCUUCAGGAGAGUUCGAUCAGUGAUGAAAGCAGCUCAGCGGUGGAUUUUGAGUCCUCGUGUGUUUCAGCAGAGAGCGUCUCUCAGGACGACAUUGAAGAGUCCAGAGAAGAGUCUGAGGAAAACUGCAGGACAGACUCUACACCCAGUGAUUCUGCAGUGUCUCCUCCCAGUGAUGAGUCCAAGCCAGAGGACGACAGUGUGUUUCUCUCACCAACGAAAACCAGGACCACAGAGGAUCUGUUCGCUAUGAUUCACAGGUCCAAAAGGAAAGUGUUGGGCAGGAAGGAUUCCUCUGAGUUAGGAGUGAGGAGUCGCCUCUGUGCUGCAUCUGGGUCGACACCACCUAGCAGCACUGUGAGCUCCCCGGUGCCCCUGGUGUCACCCGCAGCAGCAGCUGUAACCCCACCAAGCUCGCAGAGAUCCACCGGGUCCAUCCUCAGGAACGCAAAGAAAUCCAGCACCUCCAACGAGGAGUUCAAACUGCUGCUGCUCCGAAAGGGCAGCCGAUCAGACUCAAGUUACCGCAUGUCAGCAACAGAGAUCCUCAAGAGCCCCAUCACUCCUAAGUCUCCUGCAGAGUCCCUCACGGAGUCCCCCAGACAGUGUGAAGACCCCUCCUCCCCUCUUCAACAACAGCAGCAUCCAGAUCAGAUCUCCAGUCCGUACCCAAAAGCCAACUCUGACGGCUUCUCUCCAAAAUCCUUCAUCAAUGCCGCCUCCAGGCAGGGCCGCUCCAGGAUCCCCCCGCCCUCCAACAGCAGCCGCUACGGCAUGAGAGGCAGAGUGUUCUCUGCGCCCAUGCAGGCCAUCUCUGAGGGCGAGACCGAGAACUCAGACGGGAGUCCUCACGACGACCGCUCGUCACAGGGCUCCACGUAGGAAACGGUCUGGACUGUGUGAAGUUAGUUUAGUUUACAGAUGAAACCAUGGACCAGAUGGAUUUAUAAUAUAUGAGAUUUUGUGACGGCAGGUUAAAUGUGGUUCACAGAUUAUAUAUAUGAGAAAACAUAGAUGGGUGGAGUCAUAGGAGUGCUUUGAAACGAAUACAUCUGUAAAAGAAGGAGAAGAGAAACACAAGAGGACAACUUAUUCAUAUUCUUCUUAAAUAGAGGAAUAAAAAGAGCUCUGAGCAAGUGAUCUGAUUGGACGAGAGGCAGUCCGUGAGCGCUGAUACUUAGAACAACAUCACUUUUCAGACUUUUCACUCUGUGUAUCACUCCGCCUCAGAAUGAGUUCCAGAACUCAAUCAAAGGGAAAUAAACAUGAAGUUUUCAAGAAUACCCACAUACGUGUGGACAAAGCAAUAUCUAAUUUGGUUGAAUAUAAGAAAAAAAUUAACUCAAUAAGUUAAAAAAAGUUUAAAAUUGUAAACAAAGAUGUUUUUACUUGACUUCAGACACUCAGUUUCAAGUUUUUACAGUGUAGUUACAUUUGAUUUCUUAUUCGUUUUUUUAAUACUUGAUGCAGUUUGCUAGUGUGACACUGGAGGUCCUGAUGUUGUUCUAAAUAUCAGCACAGCUGUGAUUCAGUCAGAGGCAUGAGGCCAAAAAAUGAAAAAACAAAGAAUAAAUAAACAAAUAAGAAUAUUUAAAGGUGACAUAUCAUGCAAAAUGGACUUUCUAAUGGUUCUCUACCUGAAAUAUGUGUCCCUGGCAUGUCUACAAACCCCCUGAAAAUGAAAAAAAAUCCAUUCUGCCCCUGUUCUGAUUUCUCCACCUUUCCAAAAUACCAAAAUACAACUCAACCCCUCCUCCGUUUUUCAUUCCCUGCACAUGUGUGCUAACAAGGAGCUUAGGAGGGAGGCAUGCUAGUUGUAGGCUGUCUUAAUAAACACAAAGGUCGGUUUUACUCCCCACGUCUGCAGAUUUGAAGAUCUAGUGGAUGAUUUUUAUUUUUCAUGGAAAAGUGCUAGCGCUAGUUAGCAUAGCCACAUAGCUACAUGUUCGUAGCUGUGUACCAAGACACACGUCCACAUACUGACAAAUAAAACAACAAGAAACACAAAAUCUGUGACCAAUGGUUCAGAAAGGUCCUGCUGCAGGCGCCUCUCCGUCAGGAUCAGAUUCUGGAUCAAACUCAGAGGGUUGAAGUAACGCGGGUCUGUGAGCAGCCAACAUGUAAACAUUAGAUCAACGUGCUGGAGAGCCGAGGGCACAUCCACUUCCUGAGGGGGUGUGGUCAGAGAGCUCAUUCUCAUUUAAAGGCACAGACACAGAAAACAGCCUGUUCUGAGCAGGGCUGAAAAAGAGGGGUUUACAGGCAGACCAAAAUCUGAUUUCAAAGUGUUUUUUUGAGCAUAAACUUCAAAGACAUGUUUUGGGGACCUCUUAGACCAAUAUAUGUUGAUGAAAAAGAGCAUAAUAUGUCACCUUUAAAAUAUGAAGAGGAAUAGAUUUUUAAAAAAUGAAUAUGUACGAUCGCAAAUAAUUAUCAAAUAUCCUUAUUUAUCACAUUUAUUCUGUUUCUUUCUGCAUAUACAUUUUUUUAUAUUUCAAAAAAUCUUUUUUUUCCAAAUUUUUGUUGAGUUAUGUUAAGUUAACAUACAAAAAAACAACAACUCAUGAACAGUUUAAAUAAAAUGAUAUAUUUUUCAGAUAUAUAUGAAAUAAUUAUAUGCUGAAAUAAAGAAAUUAAUAAAUGUGAAAAUUAAUGAAAAUGGUUUUAAUAACUUUACAUUUCUCUUAAUUCUUUUACAGAUUUAUUCUCAUUCAUGAACACUCCUAUGUCUUCAUAUAGAUGUAGUUAUUGUGGCUGAAUUUCAUAGCUGUUUUCUUUUUUUAUCUGUGUUCAACAAGUUUUAUACACACAAUAUUUCAAACAUAUAUUUAUAAAACGAGCACGUAGCGGUGGAAACAGGGAACACGUCUCUCUGGUUUCAUCCUGUAGGAAACACGACUGAGUCAUGACGCCACCACAGCUUCAGUUCUUCUCCGUCGUAUUCACACGAACUCUUUCCUAACCUGCGGCUGGAUUAACAUUUUUAAGAAUUCUCACAGUUUAACAUUUUAUCAGAGAGUAGAAAUGAUAGAAAAACUAGCUCUUUGUAUUCUGUGAAUACGUAUGCAAUUAAACACAACUUAUACAUUUCUUAAAAACCGACCACUCAGAUAACUCCCGUCAGGACAAAGACUGUGUGAGACACAGGAAAAACAAAUGUGAAGCCUCAAAGCAUCAAUUUAUAGAAAUGACUGUAUAUUUUACUGGAUCCUUUUUAAAAGCUUGUUGUGAAUCCCAUCACGGAUAUCAUAUUGUUACUACAUUUACAAAAUUCUCAUGCAAUAACGAGGAGGUGAAGUAACCUACCUGACAAUCUGAGCAGAUGAGAAACGAGCAGGUUUAAAAGUGGGAGAUGAAAAAGUGAACAAAAAGUGAGAGGCUGUGGAAAAGGAGGGCUAAAAAAGAACAAGGAGGUUGUGUAAUUUUUGAAAAACAUUAUUGUCAGAGCCCGGCUGAUAUGAUAAUGUCCGAGUGCAUGCACACAGAUGAUUUGUGAUACAUGCUGGUAUGAAAAAUACUCAUUUACAGAACAUGCAAUGCAGGAAACAACACUUGGGGUGAUUUAGAAAUACUGUCAUUACAUGAGAAUCUGAGAAACUCUGCAUUGACAAGUUUCCUGUAAAAUCAGAGUAUGGCUAUUAUCAUUCAGCUAACAGGUUUUAAUAUCGGCCUCACAAAUCCAGUGUCUGUCGGGCUCUGGUAAUAAUGCUCAUUUCUGGUUUGCUGACUUGGUGUGUUUAUGAAUUGUUGAAAAAGGCGAGAGGGAAGUGUUCAGCAGGAUUUCAAUGUCUUAUUUUUACUCUGCGCGAAAAAAAAGAGACGAGAAGUGAUGAAGCAGCAAAAGUGUUGUGUUUUCGUGAGAUUUUUUUUACUUUGAGUUGUGUUUAAGGGAGGUAGAGUUUCAUUUUAGAGGCAGGUGGUGAAAAGUAGAAGAUCUGGAUUUGGAAGAAGGCAUUUUUGGUUGUUUUGUACCGAAUGCUUGUCUAUUUUACUCCUCUUCAAAAUAAAACCAGGCACGGGUUCAUAUUUCCUGUGCUACACAGUUCUAAAUAUAUUUAUUUUUAUAACUAACAGAACAUCUCAACAUGCUCCCUUACACUUCUAGAUUCACCGAACACAAGUAUGCAAUGAAUUGAUAUUAUAAAUAAUAAAUACAUAUUUUAUCCAGAUACUUAUUUUAAAAUCUUAUCUCAGACGCUGGUUGCAGAGACAAUACAAUAAUUAAUGUCAUCAGCAGUAAUAAGCUACAGCAACCAGAGGCUUUUAAACAUACCAUAAUAAUAAAUCACAUGUUUUUAUUGCAGUGGCGGCGCUCACCCCGUAUGAGUCUUUGCAGCCAAACAUCCCUGUAGGUACACUGUAAAUACCCACUUAAUUUUGGCCUUAAUGGGACUCCGUACUGAAGCGUAGUCACAUAACAGGGUACACAUUAGUUUAGAACGUCUGUGAGCUUCAUUCCAGCCCCUCUCCGUCUGAUUGUUUUUGUUUUGUUGCACUGAUACGGUGAUGUUUGUGAAGUGUCACGAGUCUCUUGCUGUACCUGGAGAUAUUUAUACACAUUUUUACACCGAGCUGUUUGACUUUCCUUGAAUACUAUUCACUCUCUGAGUAUGCUGUACGAGUGGACUAGAUGCUUCUGCCAAAGGCUAAAACACACACACACACACACACACACACACACACACACACACACACACACACACACACACACACACACACACACACACACACAGGUAGUGGCUGUUUUUCUUUCCCCUUUUACUUGACUGAAAUGUCCUGGAAACAUAAAACCAACACUACAGAAGAAUCACGGUGUGGUACUAGACGUUUUUCACUUGGACCGUAGCUCCUCUUCUGUGUACUGUAGGUACCAACUUUGUAUUUUUUUUGUACAAACAUGUAAAUAUGAUAACUUCUGUUGAGUUGUCUCUUAUGUAAAAACAAAAAUGUUUUCAAAGUUUACAUUCAUUUCAAAACCUUUGUAUAUUUUUGAGCUGUGGAACACUUUGUCUUGUAUUUAUUUUUUAGUAAGCAUUGUGGAAAUCCCAUAGUAAAUCCUAUCAAAGUUAGCACAACGAGCUGCUUAGCAACUGUGUAUAAAAAGACAAAUAAAUGUGACUGCUUUGAAAAAUA